AUGCUCGACAUCCACCACACCGACGACACGCCCAUUCCCAAAGUCUACUUCACCCACAGCGUCCUUCCAUCCUACAUCGAUCCGCACAAUGUCUCGACCAAGAAGUUUCCCUUCACGACUUUCAACGCCCAGCCGUACAGCCACACCGUCGAUCUCAUACUCCCUGCCGAACUAUACUUGCUCGUACAAGAUACUCUCGCUACGGCAACAUAUGCUCGCGCGCACUUGAAACUCACCGACAUCCUCGAGCCUGAGUUCCUCGAAACGUACAUCAAGCUUGGGAACGUGACUAUGCUGUCCGAAGGCAGGGAGCUGGUGGACAACAGAUUUGAGUUACGCGACGGCAAAUUGAAGAUGGAACUUGAUCGCGCUACAUAUGAAAGAUGCGGCUUACAAGGCACGCCGAUUGAAGACGGCGGCAAGAAACAUCAAAAGGCGCGAUGGGUGGUGGAAUACGACCUCAGACUGCCCAGCAUGAAGCAUGGCAAGGCGGGCUUUGGGCGGCUGGAAUGGGCGGCGAAGAACGUGCUGAAUAAGAGCUUGACGUGGUUGUGGUGGAAUCACAACCCGACCUCGGGAGAGUCACUGGCGGAAGGUAGAGAGGUUUUAUCGAAGCAUGCGCCUUGGGUACAUAAAAUUGAGCCGAGCAUCACGAAACUGGGCGAUUCGCUGUGUCCGAAGCUGGUCAAAGGAGAGUUGGAUAAACUAUACGACGAAGACGAAGCAAUGAGCUUGUUGGAGUACAUCAACAUGCUCAGCUUGAACUCGCCACGGGUGAAAGCAAGUGACGAUAUCAACCCGCAUCUAUCGCGGUACGAGGUCCCGGACUUUGGGGUUGGCCUGGAAACGCGGGAUAUGGUGUGUGUAAGGUGGAAGGGAUUCAUGCCGCCUGCUUUCAUGCGGGACGUGUUUAUUGCCGCUCGGAGGGAUGCGUUUAGAAGUAAGGGCAGGAGCAAGACCAACGGGACGCAAGAUGCAGAUGUCGAUAUGGAGGGAGCAGAGCAGGGCAAAGAAGAGGAGGCGUGGUUUUCGAUGAGCGCGCAAGGUUUUGGUGGGCGGAAGAGCUGGACGGUCAUGCAAUUCGAAGGCAGAGACACAGUGACUUGGCAGGUGGAGAGUCGAUGA